CGCAAGUAAAGUGUCUUGAUCACGUUUUCCUUGACCUAGCACGAGUCCCUCGUCCUCCUGAGUCGACGUUCCACACUAGACCGAUCCAGUCGAGAAAGCACACGAAUUACAGACUGUAAAAAGAAAUACAAAAUUAGUCGCUCGAAUCAGGUCACCUCCAUUUUACUGAGCAACUUGGCAUCGCUGCUCCGUCCUUCCAACAUGACCGAUGAGACCCAUGACAGGCAAGGUCAAAACGACAUUCCAAAAAAAUCGAAAUACCAGCCAAAAGGCUUGGCCCUGGUCUUCGCGUGCGGUACGGCUCUGUUCAGUGAUGGGUACCAAAAUGGUGUCAUAGGUACCGUCAAUACUUUGAUUAAAAGGAUCUAUGCGGACGAUAUCGGCGCAGACGAGCUUGCUCGGUACAGUACUACCUUCUCCUCGGUAGGCUUUGCUGGCAUAGUACUAGGCAUGCUCAUCUUCGGCGUGCUCUCGGAUCGAUGGGGCCGAAAGGGAGGUAUGAUGACAGCGACUUUGAUCGUAUUUGUCUUUGCCUGUCUCUCAUCAGGGGCAUACGGCGCUGGUGGAAGCACAAUUAGUAUGCUGCAAGCGCUAAGUGCGUACAGAUUCUUCGGUGGGAUUGGAAUUGGAGCAGAAUAUCCCUCUGGCAGUGUUGCUGCGGCUGAGAACACAGAACAAAAAGAUGUCCCUACCAAAGCACAAAACGCAAUAUUUGCUUUGGCCACAAAUUGUAUGAUUGAUGUGGGAUUUGUUGUAUCUGCCUUUGUUCCUCUUGUGCUACUAUGGAUAUUUGGGGAAGACCAUCUGCGUGUCAUUUGGAGAAUGUCUCUAGGUUUAGGUGCAAUUCCUCCGCUCUUAGUGCUGUUGUGGCGGAUGAACAUGGCCGAACCAGAAAGCUUUCAAAAAUACUCGAUGAAGCGGAUCCCACUCAAAGCUUAUCCUUGGGCAUUACUAUUUCGAAAUUUCGGUGUUCAGUGGCUUGGGUUAUGUCUAGGCUGGUUCAUCUAUGACUUCAUCACAUAUCCUUUUGGUAUAUAUGGCUCUACUGUUGUGGAUACUAUCACGGGAAAGCAUGCUGCACUUACCACUGUAUUGGGAUGGAAUGUGGUUAUCAAUCUAUUCAAUAUCCCAGGAACUCUGAUUGGAGCCUUACUUGUCGAUAAGCUGAAACCAAAGAAUAUGAUGGUAAUCUGUCUUGUUUUACAAGCUACCUUUGGGUUCUUUAUGUCUGGAUUCUAUCUUUUCUUUAUGGAGCAUAUCGGAGGCUUCGCAGUGAUGUAUGGACUAUUCUUGAGCUUCGGUGAAGCGGGCCCCGGAAAUUGUCUCGGGAUGCUUGCCGCCAAAUCAAGUCCCUCGUCUAUCAGAGGAAUUUUCUAUGGAACAGCUGCCGCAGUUGGUAAGAUUGGCGCCUUCGUGGGAACUUGGGCGUUCCCAGCACUUAUCAAGGCAUUCCCUGCCGGUCCAUCCCAAGAAACAGGCCCUUUUUGGGUGGGCAGUGGUCUAGCAAUUCUAUCUGCUAUUGUGAUCUGGUUUACGGUAGAUGAGAUAGGACCUAACAAGAUGUCUGAGAUCGAUGCCAAGUUUUAUGCGGCUCUUCAAGCCCAAGGUUUCGAUAUAAAUCAGAUGGGUAUCAAACCUAAUGAACUUGAAUCUCCGGUUGAAAAACUUGAUAUACCAAUCAAGGAAGAUUACUAAAAAUGAAUGAUGCUUUGUGCCAAGCGCUUGAGCUUCAAAUGGCUUUCUAGUCGAUGUUCUUGUUUAUAAGGUCUUUUUGAAAUUAACCUGAUACUGGAGUCUUUUCAAGAUCAAUUUAUGUUGUAGUUUAUAUUAGUAGAUAAUUUUCAAUUCAAAAUCAGAUACAGGCAUCUUUGAACCUCCUCAGAUAAAGAGAGCUUAGGAGGCACUAAUACUUCAAAAAACUUUGUCAUUAAACUUUCAUAUGAUCAUUUGAACAAUCAUUCUUGCAUUUUAUCUUGAGUCACCCAU